AUGUAGUCGAUUUCAUCAGAGGUACUAAAAGCAGGAGUAACUAAAUCAAAUGUUCGUUCAAAUGUUACAGCUAAAAGGUAGUUAUGAAUAUGUAUAAAUAGACCAAAUCAAUUAGGUGGAGGUAGAACUUAAUUAGGUCCACCUUAAACAGGGAAAGAUACUCAAUAAUCAUCAUAGGAUAAUGUUAUAGUAAAGUAUAAAGAUAGUGUAGUAACACCAAAAGAGUAAGAUUAUGAUAUAAAAAUUAGAUUGAUUACAAAGAGAUUCUUGUAAUUGGCUGAAUAGUUGAAUAGAGAGGAAGAAUAGAAAUUGAAAUAAUUAUAGAAACCGGCAGAUACAAAAGUUAGUGCAAGUGUUAUGGAUAGUAAUAUGAAAUCAUUCCAUUAGAGUGCAGUACUAUUAAUAAAGUAUAAUAGGAUAAAUCAUCAAAUUCUGAUUUGAAAGUUUCAUCUUCUAAUAAUCCAGAGAGAAGUAGUUUUAUGGAAUCUAAGUAAUCAGAUACAUAUUCUGAUUCAGAUUCUAAAAGAGAUCAAUCAGAAUAAUAAGAGAAGAAACCAAAAUAGAAGAAAGGUUUGAAAGAAGAGGAUUUAGAAGAGAAUAUACCAAUUAAUUUAAGUGAGACUCCUACAUAAUGUUUAAUGUUUAUGUAAACUAAUAUAUAUAUUACAUUUAGACCAUCAUCAUUUGUAAAUAGUGAACAUGGUAAAAAAACUGGAUAGAUUUAGAGAACUCAAAAAUAUGAAUAAUUUAUAGUAGAGAAAAUUGGAAGUGAUAAUUUUACAAAGAGAUUUGCUUAAACAUUCAAUUAUAUAUAGAAACAUAAACCUUAAUAAUGUACUAAAAUAGAAAAGAAUGAUACAGGAGCAUUUACAGCUGUUUGGGAUUUAUAUGAUGCUUCAAUAACUGAUCAAUUAAAUGAAUUUGAAAUAUUAUAAGAAGAGAUUAAAUAAAGUAUAGAAAAUGAGUAUAAAUAAUUGAAUAAGAAUCCUUAUUUCUUAUUACCUACAGAAUUAGAAGCAAUUAAAAUACAUGCUGAAAGACCUGUUUUAGGUAAAGAAACUUCUGAAAAAUCAUAAAGUAAAACUAGAAGUGGUAUUGCUACUAAUACUAAAUAAUAACCUAUCAAUAAUUUAAGUGGGGGAUUAACUGGAUAAGGUGGAGAUGAAAGAAUAUAAGAUAGUUCUUCUAGUCAUACUGGUACUAAAGGUGUUACUAAUAUGGGAUCUUAAUAAGCUAAUAUUUAAUAAUAAGUGACAAAAAGUCAUGGUAAAACUAGUAAUCCAUUACCUGAAUAAUAAUAAAAAUAAUAUGAAUAAAAAUAGGAUGAAUAAGAUAUAAAAGAAGAAGAAUAUAUGAAAUAAUAUGUUUAAAGAACCAAUUCUUAAAUUAGUGAAUAAGAAUAAAUCAUUUAUUAAAGUCAAUAAGUAUAAACUAGUUUAAAAUAUGUGGAAAGAAUUCUUAAUUAGAAUUUAUAUCAUAAAUAAUAUAUUCAAUAUAGAAAUUAUCCAGAAGUUAAAUUUGAGAAGAUGACAUUAAAUGAAGAUCCUAAAUAAAGAGGAGGAGCAUUUAAAAGGAAUUUUCAAAAUAAAUUAGAAGAUGAAGAAGUUGUUGAAAAGAAAUAAUAAGAUCCUAUUACAUAAUUAUUUUCAUACAAAUGUUAAUUAAGUGAAUAAUGUAAAGUAACUAGUGCUGAUUGGAAUCCAGUUAAUAAAGAUUUAUUAGCUGUUUCAUAUAGUAAUAGAGAAACAUCUGAUGGACAUAUAAUGUUUUGGACUUUAAAAAAUCCAACUUUCCCUGAACGUAUUAUUACUUAUCCAUCCAAAAUUAAUUGUUGUAAAUUCUCUGAAAGUUAACCAAAUUUAAUUGCUGCAGGAACUGUUGAUGGUAUAGUAGCUGUAUGGGAUAUUAGAAGAAAGUCUAAUAAACCUAUUACUGAAAAUAAAGAGAUGGCAGGUAAACAUAGUGAUUCUGUUUGGGAAGUAUAAUGGGUAGGAAAAGGAGCUAAAGGAACAGAUAAAGGAGAAUCACUUGUUAGUAUUAGUAGUGAUAGUCGUAUUGUUGAAUGGUCAAUGAAAAAAGGAUUGGAAUAUACUAAUUUAAUGAAUCUUAAAAGAGUUGUUUAAUCAUCUUAAAAAGAGAAUUUAUAAGAAGGUGUUAAUUUUAGAAUGUCAGCAGGAUUUUCUUUUGAUUUUUUAUAAAGAGAAUCUGCUAUGUAUUUAGCUGCUACUGAAGAUGGUACUGUUCAUAGAUGCUCAAAAUCAUAUACAGAAUAAUAUUUAGAUAAUUAUUUUGGACAUUCUGGUCCAGUUUAUAAGGUUAGAUGCAAUCCUUUUUUUGGUGAUAUCUUUUUAACUUGUAGUGCUGAUUGGUCAUGUAAAUUAUGGAAUUGGACAGAAGAAUUACCUAAAGCUAAUUUCUAAGUAUUUAUAAUUUGAUUUAUAAAAGCAAUAAAAUUUAUAAGAUGAAGUAUUAGAUUUUGAAUGGUCUCCUCAUACUUCUGUAUUAUUUGCAUCAGUUUGUAAAGAUGGUAGAUUAGAAUUAUGGGAUUUAACUAAGAAUAAUAUGUUAGAUCCAUAUUUUACUAUUAUGCCAUAAGAUUAAUAAAUUUGGCCAGCUAAAACUAUGGUUAGAUUUGCUCACAAUAGUCCAGUACUUAUUACUGGUGAUGCUAGAGGUGAUAUUAAUGCAUAUAGAUUAUAUGGUAAAUUUGUAAAUUGAAUAUUUAAGGCUAUGAAGAUAAUGAUCCAUUAUAAGAGGAAGAGAAAUUAAGAAAACUAUUAUACCCUACAGGAUAUUCUAAGGGAUAAAAAGAAUAAAAGGAUUGA